AUGGCUGCUAACUGUGUCAUAGAACUAGAAGCUGAAGAAAGUCCUGGGACAAAAAAUGAUAGUAACUGUCAAGCUGAUAGAACAAUUGGAACAAGGAGAAAGGGAAGCUCGCCAAAUGUUAGUGCUCUAAAGAUUUUAAUUGACGAUGAUGAUAAACAAAAGAAUGCUUUAGUAUUAAACAUUGAGGCGACACCUAGAGAAAAGGGGUACAAACCUAUGUUUUGGAAGCCAACCUGUGGAGAUCAUCCUCAAGCAAAGGAAGGAAUGUCGAGUUACUCCCAGUUGAGAGGGAUUAAUUGCAUCAAUCAGCUUUUUGGAUGGAUUCGUGGAAGUCAGAGACAACUACAAAUCCCGCUACACUUGCAGUUCAGUUGCUCUGUGCAAUUUAUGCUUGCUUUGAUGCUAAUGGUUUUUCUGCUUGGUGAUCUUAUCUACAAUGGCGACAAGAAUGAUUUCUUGAGCUUCGUUUGGGCUUCAUGUUCAGAUAUGUUUUGCAACGGUUUGUUACCCAUUAGUACAUCAUGCCAUAUCUCUACAUAUCUAUCCUGCUUCCUCUUGAAUAACUAAGUUAUUUGAUUUAAAAGCAUUAUAUGUGCUUGCAUAGAUUCUGGAAUUGUAAUGGUAAAUCCAAUUAUUUGAGCUUACAUGUGAUGCAAAAAGUACUUUUGGAGUAAUGUUUGGAGAACUCUUUUAUUUUUUUGGAACCCCUGAGAUUUGUUUUUAACUGCAAUGUUCAAAAAUCAAGUGAUGCCCACAUAACCUAAGAACUAAUUCAAUUGUUAUAUUGUUGCAAGUUGCGUGGUAAGUUGAUCCCAUUGACUCCUUCUCACCAUUCAACAUGCAUAGUGCUUGUGUAGACUGUGGACGUUAGAAGCUUAUUCAGGCCAUUACUUGGUGUGCUGGUAAAAGCUUCAGCUGACAAACAAAAAAAUGCGUCAUCUCCGAGGGAAGCAACUUUUUACAAAUGAAAGCCAGAAGCUAGUCCUGGACAUAUAGUCCAUUGCUUCCAACUGUUUUGAUGGGCUUGUGAAAUGACCUUGGAUAUUGAAAGUCCUUCUCCAGAACUUCCCCAGGUUAAUGGUUAGGGCUUUUUGCACUUUGCACCCAUAAAGGAUUCAAGAUUUCCACUUUGUACCCUCAAUAAUUAAGUUUUUAAUAUUGCACCCUCAAUAUAUCACAAGUGUUACGAUGUGACUCUUCUAUUAGUUUUCUUUAUUUUUUUUUUACCAAAAGCCAACUAAUUGACACCAUCGGAAAAACUAACAGAAAGUGAGGAUCGAAACAUCGUUUCGGUCAGCUCAAAAAUGCAAAUACAAUCAAUUUAUUUAUAAAGAUAAGCUUAAUAAUUGAUUAAUUCAACAUAUUUAUUGGGUUAACAU